AGUAUCUUACUGAAGGAUCUGGCUGAUGAGCUCGCUCUCAUUGACGCUGAUGCAGACAAACUGAAGGGAGAGACCCUGGAUCUUCUGCACGGCAGCCUUUUCUUCAACACUCCAAAAAUCGUCUCUGGGAAAGAUUACAGUGUCUCUGCCAACUCCAAAUUAGUUAUCAUCACAGCUGGCGCCAGGCAGAAGGUGGGAGAGUCGCGCCUUGACCUGGUCCAGCGCAAUGUUGUUAUCAUGAAAUCCAUCGUUCCCGGCAUAGUCCAAAACAGCCCUGACUGUAAAAUACUGAUUGUCUCAAACCCAGUGGAUAUUUUGACUUACGUGGUAUGGAAGAUAAGUGGCCUCCCUGCAACUCGCGUAAUUGGGAGUGGCUGUAACCUAGACUCUGCCCGUUUCCGUUACCUGAUUGGUGAGAAGUUGGGUGUCCACCCUGUAAGUUGCCAUGGCUACGUUCUUGGUGAGCACGGCGACUCCAGCGUGCCCUUGUGGAGUGGUGUGAACGUUGCUGGCGUACCUCUGAAGUCACUGAACCCAGCAUUAGGAACUGACUCAGACCAGGAACAGUGGAAAAAGAUCCACAAUCAGGUGGUGGAAAGCGCCUAUGAGGUGAUCAAACUGAAAGGUUAUACGUCCUGGGCCAUUGGCCUCUCUGUGGCCAACUUGGCAGAGAGCAUAAUGAAGAAUCUGAGGCGGGUGCAUCCCAUUUCCACCAUGAUUAAGGUAAUGGGUCUGCAGAGGCAUAUGUAUUUUACAGAUUUGUUUCUUGGCCUUGCGAAAUCUUGAGCAGACUAGUGGAAGCCCCCAGUCACUGACUGAACAGAAAUAAAUUCAUCCAUUCAUGAUUUUCUUUUGGAAAGAAAUAGCUGACCUGUGGAAUUAAUGUCCUGUCAGCACUGAAAGUAUCUAAGUUACACUGAGUUAGGUGGAGACUCUGCUCAGUUACCAGUCUUAGAGAAAU